UUCAGCAAGUUAUAUCGCCGUCGCCAGCGCCGAAACGGUCUGCGCAGUGUGCGUAAAAUCACCGCCUUAUCGUUGCGUUUCCAAGGGCUCAAACACCCGUACGAGCCGGUUUUCUUACCCUUCUUUCCCGAAUAAUACCGCAGGUUGUGACCGCAAGAAACUGGGGCAGAAGUCCAUCAUCGCUUCGUCAGGGAGGUGGGAAGCAGACGCUACCGCUCCUGCGAGCGACCCAAGCUGGCGGGGAUCCUUAGGGUCCAGGACAGAACCGAGGAGCCUGGCCGUCGCGUCUUGCUUUCCACGACGGUACCACAAGUUGUGACUUCAACUCAAUUCCCAAAGCAUGCAGUCCAUGAUAGCUCUAUCGGAAAGCGAGAAUCAAGCUCUACAGAUUCAAUGAGAAACAGAACUUUGCAGGGAGUCACGGAGUCCUAGUCAGGACCCUAAUCACCUGCACCUUGUCGUCCGCAACCCUGGAGUUGGCCAUGACUGAGAUACUAACUGUGGCUCGGAUCCCUCAUCGCCACGUCGCAUCAAAAGCCUACACCAGAUAAUACUGUUUUUGCAACAAACGAAGCUCAGACCCGUAGAGUGCGGGACAGUACUGAGACCACCGGCCAUCGCAUCGUGCUUCCCACAGCGACACUGCUCGCUGUGAGUGCUGUACACUGGAGCGCAAACCUACCAUCGCUACAUCAUUCACGGCCUGCCCUGCCUUCAGAUGCAAGCUCUUCUGCAAGCAACAAAGCCGAAAGAAAGAGGUAAUGGUGUCCGGUACAGUGCUGGUCAUGUCAUCCUGUUGUCUCUUGGUGUUCACGGACGGGCAUGUGACUGCUACGAAAGAGAACUUGGCGAUGUCAUCGCCAAUAGGCCGACCAGCAGCGAGCGUGCUUGCAGCUAUGGUGUUCCGGACCCUGCUGUGCACGCUGGUGAUCUCGGCCUGCUCUCUUGCAGCGUUGGCGAGUCCUCACGGGGUCGCCAUGACAACGACAGAACUGCCGUUGCCACCGUCGACUAAGAGUGUUCCAACAGUACGACCCACAGAACUGAGCAGCCUAUCCGUACGCGAGUUCUACAAUACCAGCCCUAAGCCAAGUAGAACAGAUGAGCCGCCCUCAAAUGGAGCGGGUCCCGGCAGUUCGAACCUUCGUCCCCUACCUCUUCGGCCUCCACUACCACGGCGGUACCGUCCCCGAUUCGGGCUUGGACGUCCCACUCUGUCCAAAGGCCUGUACCCGUCCUUCCAAGUCUACUCGGCCAAUGACGGCCGCGGUGCGCACCAAGGCGAUACAUCUGGACCGGACUCAAAGAUGCCAAGCCAGCACAAAGACCAUUACAGCAAGUCCAGCAAGGUCACCCACAAUCCUGAGACACGCGAAAGCAAGGGUGCAUCUCCAGUGCGGUCUGCGAGCCCAGAACCACGAUUGAAUGCAACGCUAGAGGCGACAACCAACAGCACUGUUGAUGAAGAUGCUACCGGCGUGACAGCCAUGGUGUUGUCCGAGUCGACCAUAUGGACGCUGGCGCUCUGCGCCACCAUGAUCGUCGCCGCCGUUGCUUUCUUCGCGGUCGUUCUCGCCGUCUGCCGCUGUCGGCAGCAGCGCGAGCGUCGCAAGCGAUUUAUGAAAACGCAUAAGAACAUCCGGGUAAUGCAGAACAUGGUCAAGGUCGCCAAACGCCGCCAGAAAGAAGCGAUGAUGGGCCAGGGUCCCUUUGCCAGGGUCCUCCGCACCAUGAGGCAGAGACAAGCUUUUUUGACAAACUACUCUGACACAGGUCGAAGAGAUGACUGUUUGCAUGCUUGUAUUAUACCGUGAGUGUGAUAGGUUGUUUAGCGACCAAGACUUUCGAAGUCGCAAGGCACGCAAGCAUGAAGCUUUCAGUCUAUUCAUUAACAGCUAUGCUUUUGGCCAACGUUGACAGCCUAGCACUGGGGUCGAGUUUCAGUAUCCCUACAGGCAUAUGAAACUACACAUCGACAUUCAAAGUAUUGAACACCACAUUACGACGCAAUGUCAUUCAGGAACCAUAUCACAGAAACUGGUUUCUGUGAACACGACUGCGCAAUAGUAGUGAUUCAAUGAAAGUGCACUGAGCUUUGAAAAGUAUCACUACUUCUUUUAAUAUGCACAUAUAUAAAAGUGAUUGCUAACACCUUUAAGAAAGCGCUCAAGGAAGCGCAUUUGUUUGCCUCUGUAUUCUUUUUUCGAUUGACGACCUCAAGUCACGAGUAUGAUGCCACCAACUCGUUUCCCUAGUCUUCUGUAUUCCUUGCUGUGCUUUCCUGUGCUGUGACAAGGUGCCAAUAACGGUGUGAGCGAAACAGAUCUCAUGGCAUAUUUACAAUGCCAGUAACUGUUAUAUACAACAGCGCCAUAUGUGGUCAUCACAACAGGGUAUUUUGCAGUGCCAUUGGCACUGCAACAGUCACAAACCUGCAAGCUACAACAGUCACAAACCUGUGUUUGUAUCCAAGUGACUGGAAGGGUGGCUUAUGUGUCUUCCAAAUUUUCGUCAUAAACACCUACACAAAAGUUUUGUUACAUCAACCAUUUGGUUGCAGCUGCAGUGACCCUUUGUAUGUAUUUAUUUGUGUGCCCUGCCAUCUUAGAGGAUGUUGACAAUGUGUACCAAUUUAAAGGUAUUGCAGAUGAACUUCGCCGCUUCUGCAAAGCCUUUGAAAUCCAAAGUGUUCCUUGUCUCUAAAGCUUUACAGGCAUGUUUUUCAUUUAGGUUGUGGUAUUUAUGGAAUGUUAACAAUGUGUAACACUGCAAAGUUAUUUCAGAUGACUUUUACUGCUCCUGCAAGAUCUUUCUUUAUCAAAAGUGCUAGCCAUCUUUUUACUAGUACAAACAUGUCUUCAGUACAUGUGUCUGUGUUUGUUGCGCUGCAGUUGCUUCAGCUAUUCCAAAUUUUUAUUUUGUCACAAUCUGCUGUUUUUGAAGGAUUUUUUUCUAGUUAUCUACAAUAAGUACUCUGUUUACAGAAAACUGUGUCAUCUUUCUCCUUCACAGAAAAGAAUGAAACAACUUAUGACCUCAACUAACAACCAUGCGACCCUUUUCGGUGUCGCUAUAAUGGCCUUGCUACGACUACCAGUUCAAAUAAAAUGUGAGGCAUGUGCGAGAACUAGGCUCGCUCAGGAACUGUGUAGCUGCAACCCAGGCACUAGCUUGAUCUUGUAGGAACAUUUAUGCCUUGCCUUCGCACCCUCUGGCAACAAAAGGUGGCCCCACUGACCCAAUCAUGGUCACAUCUCUACAAGUAACAAAAUGCUUCAUUGAGUGCCAUAUUGUCAAUCAUGGAAGUACUAUGCCUGUAAUGAGAGAGCUUCCAUCUUACCUGUACAGGUCAUAUGUAAAGCAGUCCUUGUAAGGAAGGCUCUUGGCAAGAGGAUGUGUCUGUUGAAGAAUACAAAUUACCCUCACCCCA